AUGGAUGGUGGUGGUACCAGUCCCAUCAAUGACAUCCUCGACAAAGACUCCUUUUCACUGGAGGAGAUCCUUGCUCAGGACGAGGUCCUGCAGGAAGUCAAGAGCCUCAACAUCAAGCUCGUCGACUUUCUUAGCAAGGAGUCAAGCGUGCGGGACAUGAUGUCGUAUCUCGCAGACCCCCCGCCAGAGGGCGCGCCGGACAACCGUGUCUUCAAGUUCCCGUACAUGUCGUGCGAGAUCAUCUGCUGCGAGGUGCCCGAGAUCCUAAAGGCAAUCGCCUCCGACGGUGCGGGCGGCGGAGACGAUUGCCCCCUCCGCAAGCUCUUCUCCAUACUGGACGGAGAGGGGGACAUCGACUCUCACCGUGCCGGGUACUUGGAAAAGGUGCUGACGGUACUGCUGAAGCAUAGGUGUGGGGCCACGACUGCUUUCGUCAACGAGCGGGGGCUCGAUCUGUUCCGCAGGAUGGUGCGUCACCUCGGAAACUUCUCGGUCAUGCAGGUGGCCAAGCUGCUGCUCCUGCCCAAGUACGCUGCCCUUCAAGACAUCGACGCGACGGUGCUUAUGGGAGACGGGAGGGGGGUCGGCGGCUCGGAAGAUGGUGGGGGCCCCCCUGCCUCCAUCUGGUGCAACUGGUCCGAUGACCCGGAGAUCCUCAAGACCCUUCUGGCGGAGUUCAACCGACAACCAAUAGGACAAGGAGAAGGAGUUAGCGGGGACGCAGCGGGGGAGGGGGUUGGGAGUGAUGGUGGCGGAGAGGCGGAGGGGGGGCAGGAGAAGCGGGAGGAGAGCGGAGAGAGCUCGGAUAUGCACUUGCAUUUGUCAGAGCUACUCCUAGCGCUGAUUGCUCAGAGCUCGCCCGAGUCGUCUUUCCUGCAAAGGAUUUUUUCCGAGGCGGUGGGCCCUCUUGUGGCGGCCGCGACGCUGACCAAGGAGCAGGGUCGACAGGCGGAGGGGAGCCAGGCGGCGCUGCAGAUACUGGCUGCUCUCGCGGACCGUCUGGUUCAGCCGCUUCCUCCCUCUAUGUCGCCCCUAGCGAAUGAGAACACGGAGAUGCAGAUGGACCUCACGGAAGGCUUUGGGGUCGGGGGGAUCGGGGACGGGGCGCCGGAAGGUGGACAGGGGGCGGGUAUCGCCGCGGGGGGGUUGAGGCCGCAGGAGUUUCUAAACGUGGAUGGGGCCGUGCUGGAGCGGGGCUUGAGUGAUCUCGUCCCCUCCCUCUGUGCGUAUCUGCGGGGCCACACUGAGGACCCCUCCACGAUCACCGCCCAGACCAAACAGGAGCAGCCGCGGUUAGGCUUGCUGAGGCUCCAGGUUGUGCGUUUUUUGGAAACGUUAGUGAGGAUGGACAGCCCGGUGAUAGACCAGGUCUUGGUACGCGAGAACGCGAUGGCGACGUGCCUAGAGAUGAUGUUCACGUACGAAACCUCAUCAAUGCUGCACGCCAGCGUCGCCACCUCUGUCCAAGCCAUCCUCGCUCCUCCCGUCGGGGGGGGGGCACCGGGCAUUUCGCGAGUAGGAUUGGGGGGCGGGGGAGGGCUGGCCUCACCGAGAUCGCCAUCUAGCGAAGCAGCGGCGGCGGAAGAGGGGGAGGGGGAGGAGGCGGGGGACAGAAAAGAAGGGUCACCGGCGGGGGGAUUAGACAGCGCCGGGGGCGGGGAGGGGGACGGGGGCGGCGGCGGCGGGGGCGACGGCGUGAGCAUGUCCGGUCGAGGGCGGCGGGAGUCUUUCCAGCGGCAUCUGUUUGAGGAGUGCCGGCUGGUGGAGCGUAUCCUCGAGGCCGUCGCUCUUAACGAGGACGCCGAGAAGGCUCAGCAAGAACAAGCACCGAUGGAAGAGUCUGAGACCGAGCCUUCGGCGGAAGCAGCGGCGGAAGCGGCGGCGGAGGGUAGUGUCACCGCUGCUGCGCCGGAGGGAGGCGGGGCUGGAGGGGAUGGGGGUGAUGACGAGGAUGGGGAGCUGGCAGAUGCUGCUGCCACCGCUACUCCUGAGCAAGGCCAAACAACCGGGGGCGAGGAUGCGGGAGUUGAGGCGGUAGCAUCAGCAACAGCAGCAGCGGAGACAGCAGCAGGGGCGGAAGCUCCAGAAGCGGUCGCGGGAGCAGCCGGAGAGGCGCCGGCGGAGGAAGGAGACGGAGCAGGAGAAGAGGGGACGGCGGCAGGAGGAGACGAUGGGACGGCGAUAGCUGCUGAUUCGGCCGCCGCUGGCGGUAGCGGCGGCGGGACGGGGGCGGGGCGAAGACGUUCGAGGCCCGGCCGCCGCUUGGGGCACAUGGGGCACGUGCUGCUGCUUAGCAGAGCCGUGAUGGGGGCCGAGAGCGGGGGCGGCGAGCAGGGAGUCUCGAGUCCACGCCCGUCACUUGCCGCUGAGGGUGGGAUGCUAGACGAGGGCGGCGACGGCGGCGACGCCGCCGCUGCCGCCGCUGCCGGGGGAGAGGGCGGGGACAGCGGGGGAGCGGCGGCGGGAGAGGAAGCGGUGGGCACCGCCCCUGGGAAGAAGACCUUUGUGGCGGGGCUGCUGGCCGAGAGGGACUGCGCGGAGCACUGGCAGGAGUUCGUGAGGACCACAGUGGCCGCGGAGGUAUCGCGGCAGAUGAACCCGCUGGGGGGCUUCGCGGUGCCGUCCAGAGAGGACGAGAAUCAGUUGUCUUCCGACUUCCCCGAUGAGGCUGUGGACAUGGACGACACGUCGGGGCUGCUGGAAAACAUGAACCGCAUGCAGACCGCCGCUAGCGGUGCCGGCGAGGACGGCGGCGUAGGCGGCCUGCCCCCCGCCCCCAAGGGCUCUUUCCUAGAGGACGACGAUGACGAUGAUGACGAGGAGUUCGGCACCGGCGGCGGCGGUACCGGCGGCAGCGGCGGCAGCAACGCGGGCGGUGGUGGCGACAACUCCCUCGCGAUGAUGUUCGGCUCGAACUUCAUGAGUGCGGCGGGAGGCGGCUCCGCGUGGGGCUCUCUGGCGGGGGAACCGGGGUCCUCCACGGCUACCGGCGCCGGGAGCAUCGGGGGGAGCGCGUUCGGCUCGACGGCGGGAGACUCGUCGGCCUCUGUUGCCGAAGGCUGGGCAAACUUUGCGGAUUUCGGGGACGUGCAGCAGUCGGCGAGCGGCGGCGGCGGCGGCGGGUUUGCUAACUUCGACCCCGUUUUUGCAAUCGACGCUCCGGCGCCUCCGGGCCCGAGCGGGUUUGCCCCCUCCCCGCCGUCGUGGGCACCGAGGGUCGGCGACAGCGGCGCAAUGGGAGACGGAGGAAGCGGAGCUGGGAGCAGCGGUGGAGAAGGGGGGUUCGCGGAUUUCCCACAGUACGGAGGUUUCGCCGACUUCUCGGCCAUGAUGGAUGAUACCAUGCCAUCGCCCCCGGAGCCCCCGGCGGCUGCAAGCCCGGCGUUUGACGGGGGGUCUGGCGGCGGCGGCGGCGGCGGCGGCGGCAGCGGCGACGGCGGCGCUGGUGGGGAAGACAGGAUGGACGAGGAAGCGGAGGACCGAGAGGAUGGGCCAGGGGUUUCCUCGUUGGGGACGGCGGCGGCGGUGGCCGGGGUGGCCGGGGUGGGGUUGUCGAUGAGCACGUCCCCACGAGAAAACAAGUGUGACAGCGUGGACGCGAUGAUGGGCUCGGACGAGGAGGAGGAAGAGGAGGAUCAGCAGCAGCAGCAGCAGCAGCAGCAGAAGGAAAGCGAUGGCGCCGGGGCGGGGGAGCAACGCCCGUAGUAGGCAGACGCCGCUGUCGUCGUCAUCUUUGUUUACAGCAAGGCAGCAGUU